AUGGCGUCAACAUCUCCCGUCCCAGAAGACGCCGCCGCCGCCGCCGAACAAAAGGCAUCUGCAUCAUCAUGUGAAGCCGAAUCUGCAUCAGCCGCAGCAGCUGAGACGCUGGCCGAGAAAUCCAACGCCGAACCCGCGCUGCCCAAAUUGUCCACCCAGGACUUCAGGACGUACAACAGGCUGGCUGUCAUGAUGGAAGCCUACCACAACCAUUUCCGCUACACCUGGAACAUUCUGUACAAGACCUGCGAGACUGGCUCCCGCCCUGCGGGCAUGUCCCUGCGUGCCUUUAUCUCGCAGGGCCUGCACUUCUGCCGUGCUCUGACGGUCCACCACACCAUUGAGGAGCAGCACGUUUUCCCCGAGCUGGCCGAGCGGAUGCCCGGGUUCGCUCCCAAGGACCACUUAAUAUCGCAGCAUGAGGCCAUCCACGAAGGGCUGGAGAAGAUGGAGGAGUACCUGGACAGCUGUAGGAGUGGCGAGAAGGAAUUGCGAUUGCCCGAGUUGAAGGCCGUCAUGGAUACGUUUGGAGAGGUUCUUUGGGCGCAUUUGGACGACGAAGUCAGGAUGCUGGGCGCAGAGAACAUGCGCAAGUAUUGGUCCAAGCAGGAGAUCCUGUCGAUGAAUUGGUAA